UUGUUCGGAUAUAUUCACAUACAUACAAUAAAUGUACCCAGUACUUUAUGUAAAUCCGACCAUCUAUAUAAAAAGAUUUGUCAUACCUUUAUUGAUAACGAUAAUCAUUUUAAAAUUGAGAAAUAUCAUUUUGUACUAUAGUAUGUGCAGUGAAGUUAAAUGGCUUUUCUCUGUCCCAGUCGAUUAGGAAAUACAAAUAGAGCAAAGCGGAAUAGAGGGAAAGAACCAAUUCGUGGACGAAUAACUGGAAGUGAUAGUGUGGAUACAAUAGAACAAGUUGGGUUAGAUAGGUCAGAUCAUAUGUAUACACGUUCAAAGGUCGACAUCAUACAAGAUUUCAGUCCAAAGGCACCAGGAGAGGUACAGGUUAAAAAAGGCGAGACUGGUCGACUUAUACACACUGCCAAAGACUGGUUGUAUAUUGAGAAAACCAACGGUCAGACAGGUUAUGUUCCAGUGUCGGUAUGUCGUACGGUGAAAGAUAUAGAUUAUAAUACAGACAUUUCUUGUACGAAUUCUGUUCGAAGCAGUCGUUUAUCGGAGUACAGUGCAGACCUAUCGGAGGAGAACACCGACAUCGAGUCGGUGGUAAGCAGGAACAUGUCACCAUUAUUUCAACCCAAACCACAAGAGUAUUCUAGUAGUGGUAUAUUGGAUAAAACGGAUGUUAAACCUUUUUAUAAGACCUCACAUGGACAAUAUAUAGUGCUCUUUGAUUUUCUCGGAAUUAACGAAAACGACGUAAGCGUUGAACGAGCCGAACUAGUUGACGUUUUAAAUAUAGAAGACCCUGACUGGUCUUGGGUAAGGAAAUAUGAUGGACUGGAAGGCUUUGUACCAAAGACGUAUAUUUGUCCAGUUGAGCCUCUCCGUAAACUAGUUCGCAGUGGUGGAUUAAAUAAAAAGUCAGGGUCAAACACUGUCACCAACCAAGGUUCAACAUAUAUCCAAAGGAGUGGUCAGGCUAGAAGCCAGAAUCAAGGGUCCAUUCAAAAUACAUCAACGGACAGUUUUAUGUCUUCAACAGUUAGUGUACAAUCAGAAAUUGAUAUCUUAUCCAAACAUGACUCAGCAAAAUAUGGACACCAAAAUGUAAAGAAAAAAUUAUUCGACAAAACUGACACUCCAAUUUCAUACACACCAAACAGUCAAACUGCAUUAACAUCCCCAAACAUUUCUUUACAGCCGAAACAACCCGACAAAGACCCACCACCUUAUUCCAGUCUUCACAUGAAAACACAUAAAGAGUCGCUCAUUGAUUCUACAUUUCUUGAGGAUAACCACCAACACGACUUUUCAGAUCAGUCUCUAACAGAUGUGACAGAAAUUGCUUCCUCAGAAAUACACAGCAGUAGUCAAUAUCCUCGACAACCUCUAGCUACAAUCUUAUCAGACAAUUCAAGAGCCUCACCUUAUUUCGACAGACGCACAGCUGAUUCUUUAGAAUAUUCAAACACUUAUGCCAAAAAUGACAUUGGCGGAGCCAAUUCUCCCAUGCAAUCCCAGAAAAACGAAACUUCAAAGGAGUCUUACCAGAACCCAAGCUCAGCGAAUGAUUCAAAUCAGUUGUUAAAUGAUGUUUUAGAAACUAAAAAUAGCCAGUAUACAGAAGUCAGUUUACCUAACAUUGUAGAAAAAGUCUCAGUAAAACUAAAACCUGACGGAGAUGUAUCUGACUCAUUUAAAAACGUAACUGAAGAACUUGCCAUGAUAUUGAAAAGGAGGCAACAGAUAACUGAUGGUUCAAUUUCUGAUUCUUCACGAGGAACAAAAAGUUCCCGAGUUUCGGCAAGAUCUUCGGUUAAAACUGAAAGCAUAAAGACAACACGGUAUAAUUCUAAUGUCAACAUAGGUGGGCAGCAAAGUAGCUAUAUGGUUGAAUAUGUAAUGAAAUAUGAAUAUAAAGGACAGAGACAUGGGCAGCAAAAUAUAUAUGUUCAGAAAGGGGAGGCAAUUUAUGCAGAUUUAAAUUCUCAAAAUAGUUCAGAAUGGAUUUGGGUGCAUAUACCAAGAACUAACCAGUAUGGAUAUAUACCAGCAUCGUAUGCAGAAAAACAAACAACUGUUGUAUUGUAAUAAGUUUGUAGUUGUUUACAUUUCUUGCCAGUUGAAAUUUGGUAAUCACAAUGAUUCGUUCAUGUCAACUAUUUAUUACAGAAUUUAUAGAAAGCUUUAGAUAUUUUGAAAGUAGGAAGAUGCAAUAACUUAUCAUAAGAGGCGGGGACGUGAAUUUGUUUCAUUCGUACAUGACCAAAUAAAAAAAAUCCGUUUAGUCGUCUUAGUGCACUUUGCAAGAAGAUAUUUUACCAAUUUUGCGCAUAUACCUAUAAAAUCAACAUAUUAACAAAUGUUACGUUUUGGAAAAUUUUGCAUCAAAGGACACCCAUAACCAAAAUGAAUAAACUUGUAGCUGGAAGAUACUAUAUAGCUUAACUUCCAGUGGAAUUUUCAUUUUGUUUAAGAAUAUCCUCAUUCGCUUGUUAAAUAAUUAAAAAGUUGCAAACACCAAUCUUAAUUACGUUUUUGUAUUUUUAAGCAUUUUAUAAUUUGGAUAGGCCCGUAUUUGCCAAAAUACACCAUAAUUUUGUUAGAAACAUGAAACUAUAAGAUAAUGUAAAUUGAACGACUUUAAAAUUUGCCCUAGUGUGAAACAUAUUUAUAGGAAGUUGGCCCUACCUUUGUUUGAAUUCUUUUUAUUUCCGUAAGUUUGAGAAAUAUGCAAAUUCUCAAUACAAAUCCGGUGACAAGUUUUUCAUUUUAACGUUUUAGUGUUUUAUUGCUUAAUCAAAUACCCCUUUUAUAACUGUAAACUAUUUUAUAUAUAUAUUGCACUUAUUAAUAUGAUAUAUUCACAUGUAGUUUUUUUUGUGCCAUCAGUUUUAUGCUUAACUUGCCUUUUUGUUAUUGUUAAUUCAUUCAAUUUGUUAACUUGUCUUGUUUUGUUCUAAUAAAUAUUUUGAUGAAAAUAA